AUGGUCCAGCGAGAAUGUCAACAGGAGGUUCCGACCUGCAGCCGUCCCCUGCUAAGCAUGGCCGCUCGGAAAGAAGCCACGUGCAAGGCUGUGCGAUGUUCCAAUGGGUUCCAACAGGACUCCCGCUGCGCGGUGGAGAACAUCUUGCGGUCGACCCUGGCUGAACGCAAAGGUGUUCUGCCCAAGGAAGGCUGGAUCAGAUUUCUACAGAUCAUCGGUGGCACAGAGAAGCAAGCGCGUGCCCUGCUGAAGGACAAAGAGUCACAUCUCAGUGUCGAAAACUUCUUGGACCUCAUUUUUCGGGAAACCACUUCCUCACAGGUACUGUCAAAGCGAAAUGGUAAUACAAAGACAAGCAAUUUGCGGGACUACUUUGAGAAUCACUACCGCGAGGGAGGAGAAUUCUGGCAUGUUGACUACGAGCUGCGUAGGGAUGUUCAUAUGUGGACCUGGUUCCAUAGACCCACAGGGAUCCAAGUUUGGCAAGACGCCAUUGACCUCACCUCGGGUCAUGGUGGGGAGGUCUACUUUCAUUAUACCAGUGAAAUUGCCUUCCGAAACAUCACUCACCCGGCCAAAGAAGCAGCAGAGGUUUGGGCAUCAUUGAAGACAGAUGGGCCCAAUGCUAAUGCUUGGUGGGGCAAAGGGAUCUACACUGUGCCAUCGCCUCCUGACCAGUGGCAAAACCGGGAGCAGUUGCUGGACAACAAUUUCCGCAACAUGAUGCGGCGGGACCGCGAGGAUCCAGAGAGGGGUUCUGAGUACGUAGAUCGCGAGUACCCCAAGAGGGCCGCAUUCUGCGUCCCAAUUCUGAUCGAUGCAUGCAAUGCCUUCGAUGUCUCCAAGAAAGCGACACCAGAAAUGGAGGCUGCGGGGAAGGAACCGGGCAGGAACCUUGCGGACAAACUUCUGAAUGAGCCUGGCAUGCCGCUACGCUGGUGCGUUGUGCUCCGAGUCUCUGGUGAAGAUGGCGUCCACCAUGCACGUGCACGAUUACUGGACGCCUUGCGUACCCGCGCCAGUGUGACGACAGACUGGCUUGCCCAGUGGCGCCUAGGCGCCGUGCUCAAUUGUCGGGGUUUGCAUCAGGAGGCGUUGCCCGUGGUGCAAAAGUUGCUGGCAUUUUUUGAGUCAACAUAUGGCCAUAGGAGUCACCAGGCUGCCACUUGUACCGAUUUCUUGGCAGGGAUCUUGAGUGAAAUGUGCAAUUACCGCGAAGCUGAACGGCUGCUGCACCGUACCUUGGAGUAUAAGGAGAAAUGGUUGGGUCCAGAAGCCAGAGAGACUUUGAGUUCCUUAUUAAGACUUGCCGUCGUCCUGCGUGCCACGGGCAACGAGUCUCAGGCCGAGGAGAUGUACAGGCGAGUCAAAGAUGCCUCUGAAAGGGUGUUCGGUCCUGAAGACGGUCUCACUCUGGACUCCAGUAACAAUCUGGCAGUUCUCCUGCACGGCGCAGGCAGGUACAGUGAAGCUGUUGACACGUACCGCCAGAUCCUCAGCAUAAAAGAAAGGAAUUUGGGUCCUUUGCAUCCAGAGACUUUGCACACUCUGACCAAUGUGGCGAUUGUCUUGACGGACAUGGGAAACUUCAGCGAAGGUGUGGAGUUGCACCGAAGGGCCUUGGAUGCCAGGGAAAGGACUCUGGGCAAGGAACACCCCGAGACCUUGCAAUCCCUCAGUCACCUGGCAUUGGCCUUACACAACAUGGGACACCUUCCUGAAGCGGAGGAGUUGCAAAGACAGGCUCUGGAUGCGAAGGAAAGGAUUCUGGGACCCCAGCAUCCGAGCACCCUUCGAUCCAUUGAGCGUUUGGCAGACCUCUUGCAGGACCUGGGCAAGGAAUCUGAAGCAGCUGAGCUACAGAAGCGGGCUGCAGUUGUGCAGUCCAAGCAACGUUGCGCGGCCAUGGAGCCGGAAACUUGGGGAUUUCAGUGCCAUGGAACGAGCAACCCCGAGCACAUCACCUGUGUGAACCUGUGGAGGUCCAGUGCAGGUCCGUUGACCCUGCUGUCCCCUGCUAAGCAUGGCCGCUCGGAAGCAACCCACGUCGAAGGCUGCAAGGUUCCAACGGACUGCAGCCGUUGCGCGGUGGAGAAAAUCUUGUGUUCGACCCUGGCAGAACGCAAAGGCGUUCUGCCCAAGGAAGGCUGGAUCAGAUUUCUACAGACCAUCGGUGGAACAGAGAAGCAAGCGCGUGCCCUGCUGAAGGAUCAAGAGUCACAUCUCAGUGUCGAAAACUUCUUGGACCUCAUUUUUCGGGAAACCACUUCCUCACAGGUACUGUCAAAGCGAAAUGGUAAUACAAAGACAAGCAAUUUGCGGGACUACUUUGAGAAUCACUACCGCGAGGGAGGAGAAUUCUGGCAUGUUGACUACGAGUGGCGUAGGGAGGCUGAUAUGUGGACCUGGUUCCAUAGACCCACAGGAAUCCAAGUUUGGCAAGAUGCCAUUGACCUCACCUCGGGUCAUGGUGGGGAGGUUUACUUUCAUUAUACCAGUGAAAUUGCCUUCCGAAACAUCACUCACCCGGCCAAAGAAGCAGCAGAGGUUUGGGCAUCAUUGAAGACAGAUGGGCCCAAUGCUAAUGCUUGGUGGGGCAAAGGGAUCUACACUGUGCCGUUGCCUCCUGACCAGUGGCAAAACCGGGAGCAGUUGCUGGACAACAAUUUCCGUAACAUGAUGCGGCGGGACCGCGAGGAUCCAGAAAGGGGUCCUGAGUACGUAGAUCGCGAGUACCCCAAGAGGGCCGCAUUCUGCGUCCCAAUUCUGAUCGAUGCAUGCAAUGCCUUCGAUGUCUCCAAGAAAGCGACACCAGAAAUGGAGGCUGCGGGGAAGGAACCGGGCAGGAACCUUGCCGACAAACUUCUGAAUGAGCCUGGCAUGCCUCCCCGCUGGUGCGUUGUGCUCCGAGUCUCUGGUGAAGAUGGCGUCCACCAUGCACGUGCACGAUUACUGGACACCUUGCGUACCCGCGCCAGUGUGACGACAGACUGGCUUGCCCAGUGGCGCCUAGGCGCCGUGCUCUAUAUGCGGGGUUUGGGUCGGGAGGCGUUGCCCGUGGUGCAAAAGGUGCUGACAUUUUGUGAGUCAAGAUAUGGCCAUGGGAGUCACCAGGCUGCCGAUAGUGCCGAUUUCUUGGCAGAUAUCUUUCGUCAAAUGGGCAAUUACUGCGAAGCUGAACAGCUGCAGCGCCGUGCCUUAAAGUAUAAUGAGAAAUGGUUGGGUCCAGAAGCCGAAGAGACUUUGAGAUCCUUAUAUAGACUUGCCAAAGUCCUGCAUGCCACGGGCAACGAGUCUCAGGCCGAGGAGAUGUACAGGCGAGUCAAAGAUGCCUCUGAAAGGGUGUUCGGUCCUGAAGACGGUCUCACUCUGGACUCCAGUAACUCUCUGGCAUGUCUCCUGCACGGCGCAGGCAGGUACAGUGAAGCUGUUGACUCGUACCGCCAGAUCCUCAGCAGAAAAGAAAGGAAUUUGGGUCCUUUGCAUCCAUUGACUUUGCACAUUCUGACCAAUGUGGCGAUUGCCUUGACGGACAUGGGAAACUUCAGCGAAGGUGUGGAGUUGCACCGAAGGGCCUUGGAUGCCAGGGAAAAGACCCUGGGCAAGGAACACCCCGAGACCUUGCAAUCCCUCAGUCACCUGGCAUUGGCCUUACACAACAUGGGACACCUUUCUGAAGCGGAGGAGUUGCAAAGACAGGCUCUGGAUGCGAAGGAAAGGAUUCUGGGAUCCCAGCAUCCGAGCACCCUUCGAUCCAUUGAGCGUUUGGCAGACCUCUUGCAGGACCUGGGCAAGGAAUCUGAAGCAGCUGAGCUACAGAAGCGGGCUGCAGUUGCUCCUUAACCCACAAGGCUGCUGGACUUGUAGAUGACCCCACCUUGCUUCGGUGCUGAAAA